GACUCCAACCCAUGGAAAUACACCCACUAACAUUGUCCAAUUAGUUCCCUGUAGAUUGUUUUUUUAGUUUUUAAAAGUUAAACAUCUUUUUGUUGAUGUUGUUAUGUCUAUCUAGAAUUAUAUUUUAACCUGGAUUUCAACAUGAAAAUAGCAGCUGGCAUUUAAAACAACACAAACAGACUAGAUUUGUUCGGUUUAAAUGAUAAAACACCAGAAGAGGAAAUCAAAAUGAGAUCAAGAAGUAAAGUGACACCUUCUGGUUAUCAAAUGCUAAUUUGAUGGCCUCAUAACUUUAACGUUUCAUGUCAUAAUUUACCUUUUUUUCAUAUUUAUCACUUAUGUUAUAAAUUUGACUUGUGUCCCCAUUUUAUUUCAACUUUUUUUCCUAAUUUCAACUAACUUUUCAUGUCACACUUUUUUACCAAAACAGGGUUAAUUAUUAUUAUGGGCUUCAGUAUCAAACGAAACUGAAGAUAUUGAGCAAUGAACGUGAAAGCCAUAGACAAAGAGUUUUGCAAGAUUGUUUGCUCUAUCCGUAAAACAUUCUUGAUCUAUAUAACCUAGUACUCCACAUCAUGCUGUUAUCAGGACGAGUAAAAGAAUAAUCCAAACGUUCCUGUGAUUAAACUGAAAGGUAUCUUGAAGUGGGACUGAAGCCAGUAGGUGGAAGUGAUUAGAACGAGCCUGGCUCUAGACCAGAGUCCAGGGUUUGAAAUCAGCUCAUAGGACAACAGCAGAUCAGCAACCAAUGAGAACCAAGAGAAAGGUCAUAAAUGUGAUAAUCCCGAAAAAGCUUCUGUUCUCCUGUCAACAUGAUCGAACAUGUUUGCUGCCGCAUGAGAAGGAACUGAAGUUUUACUACAGAGAAGAACUUUUGGCUAUUUGUUUUUAAAGAAUCCCUGUGGAAUAGUGUUUGGAGAAAAACGAGUUUGACUGGAUUUGUUAUGGAUUUGUUGACAUUUGUUGCAUGGUGAAAUUGCACAAAGAUCCUCUGAAGAAUGUAACCUAGUUUGUAAAAAACAGAAGCAUUGGAAAUCUGAAAAAAAACAAAGGCUUUGGGAUUCCUGAAACAGUUUCAUCAUGUUGCAUGUGGAUUUCAGAUCACUGAUUCAGCCUAUUGGCAUUGUUCGGAUGGUGGCGGUGGUUCUGACAUGCAUCUGCUUUGCAUUGGCGGCAUCAGCGGGAAUCCCGACUGAAGCCAAGUCCCAUUGGGCUUGGUGCAUGUUCUGCUGGUGCUUCUGCUGUUUCACAACCCUCCUGAUCCUCAUUUUGGAGUUUACCAACCUGAACCUGAACAGCAAAGUGCCCAUUUCCUGGGAAGACUUCACCAUGGCUUUUGCUAUGUUGGCUACACUUAUGAUGUUCACCAUUGCGAUCAUAUACCCCACGUUCUUCGCCAGCUCCUCCAAAUCCAGGCAGAUCGGGGCGUCUGCGGUGUCCUGGUUGUGUUUCGGGCUGUACGCCGCCGAGGUCUGGUUGGUCCACAAAAGGCCUGGUGAAACGAGCGGCUUCCUCACCACCGUUCCCGGUCUCCUCAAGAUCCUGGAGACAUUCGUCACAUGCAUCAUAUUUAUGUCAUUGAGCCCCUUCGAAUAUAGGAAGUCUCCGGGAACAGAGUGGUGUGUGGCCGUCUACUCCUUAUGCUUCAUUUUUUCACUGCUGAUUAUUUUCGUCACCAUCGCCAAACUGUCUUCCAUCUUUCCGUUUUCUUUCGACUAUGUGGUCAUUAGCUUCAACAUCCUGGCUGUGGCUAUGUACGCAACUGCUGUUGUUAUCUGGCCGCUGUAUGUAUUUAAAAAUAACUCACGUCCAGCAGAUUGUAAAAACUGUACGUGGGAUGAUCUGGUGGUGGUGACCUUCAUGACCGUCAUUAACUUCUUAGUAUACAUUGGAGAUAUGGCCUACUCUGUUAAAAUAGUAUUCUUUACCCAACAUGUGCAAGAGUAACCCAUGCCAUAUCUUUGGUUUAACAUAAAAAAAUAAUGUAUGUAACAUGAGUAAGGAUGUUAUUGUAUAUAGAGUGGAUAUAUUGACGGGAUUUCACUAUUCAAAGGUAAAUGUGGCCGCACCCUAUUCAGUCACAUUAUGUACAGAAGAGAAGAAGAACCUGCUACAACAGUUGCACUAUAUUUUACAGUGUGUGUACUUACAUGUACUUAUUGUGUAUUUAUCCAAGAAAGUUCUAGGAAUACAAGGUAACUACAUGGAAUAGGGUUAGGUUUAGGGGUAUGUUCAGUGUUAGCACCUUACAUAGGUAUUGUAAUGACCAUAAUAAGUACAUAGUAUGUAGAGUACUGUAAAAUAAAGUGCUACCGGUACAACAGGAAGGUAUCGAUUUUAAGUUACUCCGCAAUAAUAUACUUGACUGUAACUUUGUACAGUGCUUUUUAUUUUUUAUCUUUUGUUACCAAUAUGUUAGCAAUCUUAUUUUGGUCUGUUGCUGUACAUUUUCACAGAAAGCCGGAAGGUUGUAUGAUGUGAAAAAAAUUGAGAGACAAUCAGAAGUUUUUGAGAUUUUGUAGCUGGUUUUAAUCUAAAGCCAGUGUAAGUAGUGUCACAGAAAAUGAAGAAAUGGUUGAAGUUUACCCUGUUGAUUUUAAGAUGAAAAGAUAUAUA